CCAGACUUAUAAGAACUUGUUUCUCUCAUGGCAUCAUCUCUUCCUCAGUUCUACACCGACUUCACAUUUUCCGGCGAGACUUCUUCCCAGUUUCAGGGCUCUUCUUCAUAUCCUGACGUCUCAGCUCUGUCCAAUUACUUCGACAACGAUUACAGCUCCUUCAACACAUCUUCUAACCCAGCGCCCACAUUUUUGCCCCAAGUUUUUGGGACUUCUGACGUUCCUAUGCCAGAGUACAACUAUUAUUACCAGAAAAUGGGUGUGAACAAUGCCACACAAUAUCUUCAUGGUGGUAAUCAAGAAUACUACGGCUUUUCACCGGAGAUCAAGCCCUUUGGAGAGCAAUCUUGGCAGGGAAAUUGUGAAGGAGGGAUACAAGCUGAGUCGAACACAAAGGUGGGACGCUAUACAGUCGAAGAACGUAAAGACAGAAUCAUGAGGUACUUGAAAAAGAAGAACCAACGAAACUUCAAUAAGACCAUCAAGUAUGUAUGUCGUAAAACCCUAGCUGACCGGCGUGUUCGUGUUCGAGGGCGAUUUGCUAGAAACAAUGACACAUGUGAACAACAAUCUCACAUGUCUAAGACUCACAACAACAAUUCUGAAAAAGAAGAAGAUAUGUUUUCUGGAUCAGACGACUAUCUAAUGCAGCAGAUGGAAAACGACGAUGGGUGGCUUCACGAAGCAAUGUCUAAUCUGAUUUCUUUUCCUUGUGAAUUGGACGCUCCUGGAGAUGAUCAUCAUCCAAGCACAUGGAGCUUCUGAUCAUGCUACUUUCUCAUUCGCUAGCUAUGAAAUUUGAUCGAUUAGUUUAGUUUAAUAUUAGCAGCUUAGUUAUUUUAUGAUAGAUAUCUAUUAUAUCAUAAUGUACUUAAUUAUUCAUGGGGUUAAUGAACAUGAAGACUUCCUUGUAGACAAAUAAAAGAACUUCACUU